AUGAAGCAGUCCGCUGGCGGUACGGGUAACCGCCAUAGAGUGCAGAAAUGGCCAAUUUCGUCCCUGACCGGACGACAACACAAAUUGGUCAUACCAGCCGAGUCUCCAGACAAGGAAUUUGUCCUCCUUGUUGGAGCUUCACAUCUCCGUUCCAUCGUCGAUGGAAUUGUGCAGAUGCCAGAGGGAAGGUUUUCCUUUGGUGCCAUGUCCACACCGGGGGCAUGCGCAACCCAGCUGCGAACCGAGGCAGCCAAUGCUGUGCUGCCUAGGACACCAGAUGCAGUCUGUGUGAUGGCUCCGAGCAACAACCUGACAUCCAGUAGGACCAUCACUGAAGCAGGAGAGGACUUUGCGAAGCUCCUCGCGACUGCCUGCAGUCGCUGGCCUAACGUUUUUGCCAUGGACUUCCCCCCGCGCCUUACCGUUGACCCUGACUACCAAGACAUGAUGCGUCAGGAAUUUCGUCGUGUUGCGGCACGUAUGGACGUGAAGUACACACCGCUUGCAGAGUACUUCCCUUUCAAAGAAUUUGACCUGUGGAGCAGAGAUGGCGUGCACUUGAGUGACAGUGCGGGAAUGCCAAUCCUGGUCGGUUCUAUCUGGAACGCAACAUACAUGCAACUUGUUCCAGCCGAGCCGAAGCCAUCUCCUGUUGUCCACAGAAGAUCAACGCCUGCGAGGAGAGUCACUCCAAGGGUGAUUGUCAAAGGAGAGGUUGCCAAAUCACCGCAACUGGAUCCUUCCAAGUGGACCGUGGAGGAUUAA